CAGGAAGAAAUCAUCAUGGUGCUCUCUGCGGAAGACAAAGCCAACGUCAGGGCUGCCUGGGACAAGAUUGGUGGCCAUGGUGCCGAGUAUGGUGCGGAGGCCCUAGAGAGGAUGUUUGAUAGCUUCCCCACCACCAAGACCUACUUCCCUCACUUUGAUCUAAGCCACGGCUCCGCCCAGGUCAAGGGUCAUGGCCAGAAGGUCGCUGAUGCCCUGGCCACAGCUGCAUCCCACCUGGAUGACCUGCCCAGUGCCCUGUCCGCUCUGAGUGACCUGCACGCCCACAAGCUGCGUGUGGACCCCGUCAACUUCAAGCUCCUGAGCCACUGCCUGCUGGUGACCCUGGCCAACCACCACCCUGCGGACUUCACCCCUGCAGUGCACGCCUCUCUGGACAAAUUCCUUGCCACUGUGGGCACUGUGCUGACCUCCAAGUACCGUUAAGCUGGAGCCUCAGGGCUGCCUCCUGCCCUGCUUUGCCUUCUGGCCAGGCCCUCCUCCCUCCCUCGCACCUGUACCUCUUGGUCUUUGAAUAAAGCCUGAGUAGGAA